AUGUCGAUCACCAACCCAAAAAGCCCAUGCGUAUGCGGGGCCAGCACGCUCGGUGGCCAGAACGCAGAAGUGCGGAAUGCACAUAAGAGGACCUUCCUCACGUACAGAGACCAGGCUCGCCCUUCCAACCGGAGUAAUCGUUUGCUGCAGCCUGCAGCUGCAGGGAUGGCCGGCGUCCUGCCGAGGUUUGGCCCCUUCGGCCCUCUGCCACCACGGGAUGAGUUCGGGAUCAAGGAGACGAGGCCCCGUCUCGCCGGCGGGCGGGCCGGCGGGUACGACCUCGUGGAGCGGAUGGAGUACCUGUACGUGCGCAUCGUCAAGGCGCGGGACCUCAAGUGGAGUGGCGGCUUCGACCCGCUCACCGAGGUGAAGCUCGGGAGCUACUCCUGCGCCACGCGGCACAUCGAGAAGACGACGAGCCCAGAGUGGAACGAUGUGUUCGCGUUCUCGCGGGAGAGGCUCCAGGCGUCGUUCCUGGACGUGGUGGUCAAGGGCAAGGGCUUCGCCAAGGACGACUUCGUCGGUCGCCUGCGCUUCGACCUGGCCGACGCCCCCUUUCGUGUACCGCCCGACAGCGCGCUCGCGCCGCAGUGGUACCACGUCUUCGACAAGAAGGCGGAGCGCGGGGGCGAGGUGAUGCUGGCCGUGUGGUUCGGCACGCAGGCCGACGAGUGCUUCCCGCUGGCGGUGCACGCGGACGCCGCGUUCGCCGUGGACGCCAAGCUAGCCGCGCACAUCCGCUGCAAGCAGUACACCGUGCCGCGGCUCUGGUACGUGCGCGUCAACGUCAUCGAGGCCCGCGACAUCGCCUUCGUGGACAAGGCCCGCGUCGGCGAGGUGUUCGUGCGCACCAGGAUUGCCGCGCAGGUGCACAAGACCAAGACGUGCGUCGCCCGGCUGCCGACGUGCGGCUGGAACGAGGACCACCUGUUCGUUGCCGCCGAGCCGUUCGAGGACCACCUCAUCCUCUCCGUCGAGGACCGCGUCAAGGUCGACAAGGAGGAGGUCAUUGGCCAUGUACACAUUCCGUUCAAAGAAUUCGAACGACGGUGGGACGCGCGCCCAAUUCGCCCAAGAUGGUUUAAUUUGGUGCGGCCAGAAGGAGCGGCCAAAAUCGACAAGUUCUCUGCGAAGAUAUGCGUCCGGCUCUGCCUGGAAGGCGGAUACAGAGUGCUGACAGAGCCCGUCCACUACCUGAGCGACGUCCGCCCGGCGGCGAGGGAGCUGUGGUGCCACCGGCCGCCCAUUGGCCUCAUCGAGCUCGGCAUCCACAACGCGUUCGGCCUAAGCUCAAUGCGCACGCGCGACGGGCGAGGCUCCUGCGACGCCUACUGCGUGGCCAAGUACGGCGUGAAGUGGUUCCGCACGCAAACCGUCAUCGACAGCCUCGCGCCACGGUUCCACCAGCAGUGCUUCUGGGACGUGCACGACCACUGCACCGUGCUCACCGUCGCCGUCUUCCACAACUGCCAGAUAGGCGAGAAGGGUGGCCUCGUGUCCGGCGACCCCGUCAAGGACAUCCUCCUCGGCAAGGUGCGCAUCCGGCUGUCGACGCUCGAGACCGGCCGCAUCUACACGCACGCGUACCCUCUCAUCUCCCUCCACGGCGGCGGCAUCAAGAAGAUGGGCGAGCUCCAGCUCGCCAUGCGGUUCUCGAGCACGUCGAUGCUGGGCCUGCUCCAGACGUACGCGCAGCCGCACCUGCCGCCGAUGCACUACCACUGCCCGCUGUCCAUCGUGCAUCAGGAGACGCUGCGGCGGGAGGUGGUCGCGCUCAUCGCGCACCGGCUGGGCCGGAUGGACCCGCCGCUGCGGCAGGAGUGCGUCGAGCACCUCUGCGAGGCACACUCGCACCGGUGGAGCAUGCGGCGCAGCAAGGCCCACUUCUUCCGCCUCAUGGCGGCGCUGGCGCCCCUGUUCGCGGCGCUCAGGUGGUUCGUCGACAUCUGCCACUGGAAGAACCCGGCGACCACCGUCGCGGUCCACAUCAUCUACGCCAUGCUGGUGUGCUGCCCCAACCUCAUCCUUCCCACCUUCUUCGUGUACAAGUUCGUGCUCGGCCUGUGGAACUACCGGCGCCGGCCGAGGCACCCGUGGCACGUCGACACCAAGGUGUCGCACGCCGAGAUGGCGCACCUGGACGAGCUGGCCGAGGAGUUCGACGAGUUCCCGACGAAGUGUCCUCCCGAUGUGGUCCGCAUGCGGUACGACAGGCUGAGGAGCCUAGGGGCGCGGAUACAGGAGAUGGCCGGCGACGUCGCGUCCCACGCCGAGAGAGCGCGGUGCGCGAUGACGUGGCGCGACCCCCGCCACGGCCAUGUACCUCCUGGCGUGCCUGUUCCUUGCGGUGAUCACCUUCCUGGCGCCGUUCCAGGCGGUGGCGCUGCUGACAGAAUGACAACCAGCGCCCUUGUCCGGCAAUGCCUCGCGCUCCUCCUCCGAUCCAAAAGCUCCGCAACCCCGCUCGUUUCCACCACCACCGCGCAGCUCCACGCACUCCUCCUCACGUCCGGUCACCUCCACUGCGACAGCCUUCAUCUCCUCUUAUAUUCUUACUGCGCAUGUGGCCGUCCCUUCGACGCCCACAACCUGCUCGCUCAAAUGCCCCAACCGGCCCCGGUUUCCGUCUCCAACACCCUCCUCCGCUCCUACACCGGCCUCGGCUUCCACCGACAGGCCCUCGCUCUCUACUCACAGAUGCGCGCCUUCGACCACCUCACCUUCACCUUCGCCGCCAAGGCCUGUGCGGGCCUCCGCCUCAGGCGCCAUGGGCGCGCCGUGCACGGUCGCGCCCUCGCCGCAGGCUUCGGCGGCGACGCCUACGUGCAGAACGCGCUCGUGUCCAUGUAUAUGCGCUGCAGAGACGUGGUCGCGGCGGAGGCAGUGUUCGGCGCGCUGCGGAGCCGGACAACCGUGUCGUGGAACACGGUCAUCACUGGAUGUGUCAAGGACGGCCGCGCGGAGAGGGCGUUGGAGGUGUUCGAGACGAUGGUUGGCCGUGGCGUGUGCAUUGACCGUGCCACGGUUGUGUCAGUGCUGCCAGCUUGUGCACAAGCCAGGGACUUGCACACGGGGAGAGCUGUGCACCGGUUGGCUGAGGUGAGAGGCUUGGUGAACUAUGUCGCGGUGAAGAAUGCUCUGAUCGACAUGUAUGGGAAGUGCGGGAGCCUGGAGGAUGCAAGAAGGGUGUUCGAUGAAGACAGCUAUGAUAAGGAUGUCGUUUCUUGGACGGCGAUGAUUGGUGCACACGUGCUGAAUUACCAUGCGAGCAAGGCCUUCGCUCUUGGUUCUGAGAUGCGGGUGACCAGUGAAGCACAGCCUAAUGCUGUGACCAUGGCGCAUCUGCUCUCAGCUUGCGCCAGCUUGCUGUCAGGGAAGCAUGCCAAGUGCACACAUGCAUUGUGCAUUAGACUUGGGCUUGGAUCAGAUACUGUUGUCGAGACUGCACUUGUUCACUGUUACGCAAAAUGUGGCUAUAUGGGGAUGAUAGACAUGGUGGUCGAGAAAGGAUCACGACGGACUGAAACAUGGAAUGCAGCAAUAUCUGGUUAUACUCAAAGAGAACAGGGAAAGAAGGCUCUAGCACUGUUUAAGCAAAUGCUUGCAGAAUCAGUACGUCCAGAUUCUGCAACAAUGGCAAGCGUCAUCCCAGCUUAUGCAGAGUCUGCGGACCUGGUACAGGCAAAGAACAUCCACUGCUGCUUACUAAUUCGUGGAUGUCUUGGGAGUACAGAUAUUGCCACUGGUCUAAUCGAUGUGUAUGCCAAGGCUGGUGACUUGGGUGUCGUGUGGGAGCUCUUCCAGUGUUUGCCUGAAAAGGAUGUUGUUUCCUGGACAACUGUCAUCGCCAGAUACGGAAUGCACGGGCAUGCCCAAACUGCCAUCCUGCUAUAUUCAAGGAUGGUGGAGCUGGGGGUGCUGCCGAACACCGUUACCAUGGCCUCCUUGUUGUACUCUUGCAGCCACGCCGGCAUGGUAGACGAAGGCCUCCGGCUGUUCAACGACAUGCGGGGCGUCCAUGGCCUGAUGCCAAAUGCAGAGCACUACUUGUGCCUGGUUGACAUGCUUGGGCGUGCUGGGAGGAUCGAGGAGGCCUACCGCCUCAUCCAAGACAUGCCAUUCGAACCGAGCACGUCGGUGUGGAGCGCUCUGCUGGGUGCCUGUGUCCUCCACGAGAAUGUUGAGUUCGGGGAGGUUGCUGCUAAACAUUUGUUUGAGCUUGAACCGGAUAACGUUGGGAAUUAUGUGCUCCUUGGGAAGGUAUAUGCUGCAGCUGACAGAUGGAGCGAUGUUCAGGAUCUGCGGAGAGUGAUGGAGGGAAGGGGUCUUCACAAAGAUCCAGGAUCUAGUGUAGUUGAUGCGAAGUCUGAAGUGUGCUGA